GAUAAAGCUUUAUAGCUUGUGCACGUGUGCACGUACAGCUGACACAUGCAGUGAAAACUUGAGCGAGUGAAAUUGCAUUAUUCAUGUCCCCCCCGACCCUCGACGUACCUGUACGUGUAAGGGGAAACUGUGAUGAGGGCAUAAAUUAGAAUAAGUACCCUUCCUCAUUUGUCAUUCCGACACGUACAGGCAUGCCGUACCUGGUCUGCGUAGCAGGGCCAUUGCAUUAUGAUUGCGUCGACAAACGGAGUUUCCGCCAUAAUUGCUAUUGCUAGCUUGUUGUGAAACUGGCCUCAUACUAGGUCUGGUGAGGAAUUGACGCCCUGAAUUUGCUUCACUAACGUUGUACCAGCAUGACGACUCGUGAUCAGCGUAUCGUUGUCGGGCUUCUUUUGCCAUUUAUGCUUCUCUUUGGAGCUGGAAAUGCCACCUUUGAGUAUAUGAAUGAGAAUUGCGACGGCACCAUUGAUGCCGGCCGUUCAGGGGGUGAUAUGUUGUCUCAGGCGGUUACACAGUACAACAACAACGUAACCUGCACUGUCACCAUCACUGCCGACGUGGAUCGACGGAUCUUACUCACCUUCAACAAUGUUGACAUCAAGGGGGACACCAUUAGUGGACAGGGCUGUGACGGGGACUACCUGGAGGUUUUCGACGGGUCUGUGAAUACCUUUUAUCCUGACCUUGGGGUGAUCUGUGGCACCAGUGCUGACAAUAUUGUCUCCCAAUACCCUGCCAUCACUUUGAGGUUCAAGACCGAUGCAUCCUCAACAGGGGAAGGCUUCAGCCUGUCGUAUACAUCAUUCACUACAUCUGAUAUCGUGCCCUGUGAUGCAGAUGAAUUUGAGUGCAACAACAAGCGAUGCAUUGAUGCCAGCCUUAGAAACGACUUCUCCAACAACUGCGGUGACAACAGUGAUGAGGACUUGCUCAACAUAGACAUUGACGCUGAUGACAUCUACAACAGAGCCAUUGGACUUGCCACAGGUAUAGUGGUUGCCAUCAUCAUCGGUUGUAUCGUCGUUGUGGUGCUUAUCGCGGUCGGCUGUGGCUGCCUCUGCUACCACUGCUGCUGCAAGAACCAAAGGCCACAGCAGGUCUCGUACCAGGUCCUGUUGAAUGCUCAGCAGGAGCAGCAGGCUUCUGUGGCUGUGCAGCCAGCCGGCCAACCGGUCCAUCCCAAUGGACAACUGGCCUAUCCCACUGGACAACCGGCCUAUCCCACUGGACAACCGGCCUACCCUGCCAGUGAGCCUGCCUACCCAGCCAACCAACAGGUGGCUUAUGCCGAUCAGAAGAUUUAGGGUUUUCGUGUCCACUUAUCUCAGGCACUGAAAUCGGAGAGAUGUUCAUGUAGUAUGCUCACUGUUGAAAACAGCGAUAACUAUAAUUUUCUUGUAAGACAUUUGGUAGCAGUAGGUUCAUACGACAUAAAUCAAUGAAGUGUAAGUUACAUUUCCGGUUUCUCAAAGAAAACGAUGCUAGGAUGUCAUGGACAUUUUUUUUGUUUGUCUGUUUGUUUUUAUUCUUCAAUUCUUAGAUAAACCUAAGAUUUCCAGUUUCAUUGGAUGAUCCACUCACAAAUGUUAGUUGACGUGCACAGAUAGUCCAGAGCAUCUUCUCACUCUUGAAUUUAUUGUUAAGUAAUUUAACUCUAACAAAAAAUGUAUCAACAUGAGAGAAAUGAGGAAUAUCAGGGUUCAGUCAUUCUUUAAGAUAUAGAUGUAAAGUUAAUAUCGUAAUUGUGUAGCACCUGUAUUGUAAAAACUUUUUGACCGUCAUUAACAAGAAGUAAAUGUUGUGAUUACAAGAUGGCGUUAAUUCAUUACUCCAGUUCAAAGCCCUGAAACAGUGUUGUCAAAACUUGGGUCAACUUAAGCAGUGGCUUGAAAUUACAGCAAAGAAAAGAUUGCAAAUCUUGCAAUGAUGUAAACUCCAUUAUAAUUCACUCCAUUAUAACAGAAACUGUCCAGGAUUUGUUCGAGUUGUUUUAACUCAGCACUUAACAACUGUUGCCUGCUCUGGUGUGGGUUACAAUAUUUUGAACACUCGAGGGACGUGUAGCACCCCGAGGCGAAGCCGACGGCGCUGUGCGUCCCUCGGGUGUUAAAACGUAAUGUCCCACACCUCACCAGUCAACAAUUGUUAAAUGUACAACUGGAACAUCUACCGUGAUGGAGCUCUGAGAAUCCAAUGGAGGAUUGUCACAGUCUUCAGGUGAUCAUUUCCCAAGUCUUCAAAUAUUCAGUCUGUUUAUGGCGAUAUUUACUAACAGGAGUUGAAACUCUCACCUACAUGCAUGAACUUCUUUUCCUAAUCUAUUAAUGUCUUUCACUUAAACAUAGGAUGCCGAUGUGCUGUAUGUAAAUACACCGCAAGAAAUGACCAGUGAACAUGUAACUGCGAAUGAAAUAAAAUGGUGAAAUGAUACCCUGUUAAACGGA